CUUUUCAAAGGUUCAUCAUGAGGACUGAGGUCGUUCUCCAGCUGGGCUUCUGUGGCCUGUGUCUGACUCUGGCACUUCUUGGGGAAGGAAUGGCAGUGGAGCUUCCUGAUCCACCAGGAGUGAACUGUAGAUGGGGCCUCUGGUCACAGUGGAGUUUAUGUGAUCCGUGCACAAACACCAGGAGACGUUCUCGAACCGUGGAAGUGUUUGGCCAGUUCGGAGGUGAGUCGUGCCAGGGAUCACUCGGGGACAGGGAGCACUGUACAGCAGAUACAGAAUGUGCUCGACCACCGCCCCCUCAGUGCUUGGACUCAGAGUUCCAGUGUGAAUCAGGUUCUUGCAUUAAAAAGAGACUAAUGUGCAAUGGAGACUAUGACUGUGAAGAUGGAUCAGAUGAGGACUGUGAUCCUACUAACAAACCAUGUAAGUCGGCGGUCCUGGAAAACAAUGAGCAAGGCAGAACUGCAGGAUACGGAAUCAACAUCUUGGGAUCAGAUCCUCGUAUGAACCCCUUCAAUAAUGACUACUUCAACGGAAGAUGCCAAAUAGUGAAUAAUCCAAACAGUGCGACGCGCGACAGGCUUCCCUGGAAUGUUGGUGUGCUGAACUAUGAGACUCUGGCGGAGGAGACUGUUUCUAGAGAAAUCUACGAAGACACACACAGCCUUCUGAGGGAAAUACUGAAAGAGAUGACGGUGAAAGUUGAUGCCGGACUUUCCUUCAAAUUCAAACUGAGUGAAGAGUCCAUGUCCGAAUCGUCUGCAAAGUUGGAUUUAAAUGUCGAGUAUGAGAAGAAAACUAUGAUCAAGGAGGUCACAGAGUACAGCACCAUUAAGAACAAAAGCUUCAUGCGGGUGAAAGGCCGAGUACAACUGAGCACCUACAGGAUGAGGUCUCGUGACCUCAAAGUGGCUGAUGAAUUCCUUGCGCACAUCAACACUUUACCCUUGGAGUAUGAGAAGGGUAUUUACUUCGCCUUCCUGGAAGACUAUGGAACUCACUACACAAAAAACGGAAAGUCUGGCGGUGAAUAUGAGUUGAUCUAUGUCCUUAACCAGGACACCAUCAAGGCAAAAAAUCUGACGGAGAGAAAGAUUCAAGAGUGCAUCAAAAUUGGCAUCACAGCAGAUUUUGACGAACUCGCAAAAGGAAACGUUGGCAAAAAGGAUUGUGAUGACGUGACAACGAAAGAAGAAGGAAGUAUUCAUGGAAAGGCUGUGGUGGACAAGGUGAUGACAUCAGUCAAAGGAGGCACUCUAGAAAGUGCCGUCACUAUGAGAGCUAAAUUAAACCGGGAUGGGGUGAUGGACCUCCCUACGUAUCAGAACUGGGCACGGACCAUCACUAAUGCCCCAGCGCUGCUAUACAGUGAGCCAGAGCCCAUCUACAUGUUGAUCCCAUUGGAAAUGCCUGGCGCUAACUCCAGGAUAGCCAACCUGAAACGAGCUACAGCAGACUAUGUAGCAGAGUAUAACGUGUGCAAGUGUAAGCCCUGCCAUAAUGGAGGUACCCUGGCCAUGCUCGAUGGAAAGUGCAUGUGUCUGUGCUCUUUCCUGUUUGAGGGCAUGGGCUGCCAGAAUUUCAAGGGCGAUAAAGCUCAACACGCAGGUACGAGACCAACUGUUAAUCAUGAAGGUAACUGGUCGUGCUGGUCGGCGUGGUCCAGCUGUAGCGGAGGGAAACGCACCAGGGCACGCAACUGCAACACAGAUGGACUCCCGGGCGCUAACUGCAGGGGCGACACCAACAGUGAUGAAUUCUGCUGAACAGGAAGAUGGCCAGCUUCUCACUCUCUCUAACACAGACACACACACACACACACACAUGUUCGCACUUCUAUCUUAGUGAGGACACUCACUGACAUAAUACAUUCCCUUGCCCCUUACCCUAACCAUAAUCUAAACCUAACCCUAAAACCAGAUCUUAACCCUCAAUAAGCCUUUGAAAAAGGGAGGACCAGUCAAAAUAUCCUCACUCAGUGUUGGGUCUAUGCUUAAAAUGGUCCUUACAAAUAUAUAAGUACAUGAAAACACACACACACACACACACACACACACACACACUCUCUAUAGAGAAUAUGGAGAAGAGUACCACCUUGAGGUUGUUAAUAGAUAAUGCAGUUCAUAAAAUCAUCAUUUAUAGAUGGGUUUUAUGUCCUUCUGUGAUCGAAAUGUAAAGUUUUAGUAUACAAUAUAAGUUGUAAAAAUUAAAAAAUUAAACCUGAUGAUCCAGUUGACUCAGUGCAAAUGACAAAAAUUGAAUAAAAGUGUUGAUUUUAGUAACUAUGUCAUUUAAGUUCUCUUCAUUUCAGUAUAUUUAGCAACCUUAUGGCUCAAUAAUGAAACAAUAAUACAUUUAAGAACAAUUUCUGUAUUUCAUUUCAAGAUUCGGCACCGGCUUUUAUGGUCCACAGUAACCCGAAAAGAAAAAAACAGUGUGUCCUGUUUAGUCAUUAAUCAGAUUAAGACAUAGAUCCAAAAGAACUUUGGCUUUUUCACACCAAAACCAAACUGUGUGUCUUUCAGCUGUAGUUCACUGAACAUGGUGCAGGCUGCAGUGUGUAUUAAUGGGCUAAUAACUCAUCUUUAAAAGCACAGACGCAUUCCAGCUGGCUGUGCCGUGCAAACAAGAACCAGAUGAGCAGACGCCGAAUGGGUGAAGGGAGAAGUGGAUAACUGGAGGACAGAGAUCAGAGAUUAAGGUGUUAGACGUAAACUGAACAUAAAGAUCAUAUUAUAUGAAGACA